AUGACGAUGGCUGAUUACAAAACUGUUGAUAACGCCGCGGAGAACAAGGUCGACAAAUCCACGCCGACAGAGGAUUUUCGCAUUAUAUUCGCCAUGGCUGAGGCGUCGGGCGUUACAGAGGCAGGGCUGAAGGCCGCACUCACCGAGAAGAUUGGCGCGACACAUGUGGAAAUCGAAGAUAUGUCAGGUGGAUGUGGACAAGCCUUCUCUGCUAUCAUCGUCUCUCCAGAAUUUGCGAAAAAGACGACGCUCGCCCGACACAGACUUGUGAACACGGCACUCAAGGCGGAGAUCGCAGCAAUCCAUGCGUGGACACCGAAGUGCUAUACACCGGAACAAUGGCAAGAACAGGCCCCUGGCACUGUUCCACCAGGCAAGGCGACGACAGGAGAGGUUGUGAUGGGAACCUCAGCUUAG